GUAAAAUCAGCCGGUUGUUUUGUAAUGAGAUAAAUGAUCAAUUAUUAAUUGAGCAUAAUAAAACAGGCCUUAGUAUAUUAUACAAAAACCUAAUAAGUAAGAGUAUCACAGAAAAGUUCAACUAUGAAAGCAUUAAUACAGCGCGUUAUGAACGCUAAAGUUACCGUAAAUGGUGAAGUUAUCAGUAAUAUAGAACAAGGGUUAUGCGUUCUAAUCGGAAUUUCAAAGAAUGAUAACUUGAUGGAUAUGGAAUACAUAGUUCGUAAGAUCCUCAGUGCAAGGUUAUUCAAUGAUGACAGUGACAAACGAUGGAGCAAGAGUGUGGUGGACAAGGAUUACGAAGUGCUGUGUGUUAGUCAAUUCACCUUGUACAAUACCUGGAAGGGUAACAAGCCAGAUUUUCAUAAUGCAAUGGCAGGUGAUGAGUCCAAAAAGUUUUAUGAACAGUUUUUAGAACUGCUACAAAAAAGUUACAAGCCGGAGAAAAUUAAAGACGGAGUAUUUGGGGCGUAUAUGCAAGUAUCCAUAGAAAACGAUGGCCCCGUCACAGUGAGCAUAGAGUCGCCGGUCAGGGACGAGAAAACACUUGCCAAGGAAAAUUCUAGGAACCCGCAGAGGGUUAAAGUGAAUACAAAUUGUGAGGGAGAUCUACAAUCUUAGUGAUGUUGUAAGUUUUUGCAUAUUGUAUGUAGACAAGUAAAUUAUAAAUUAUAUUUAUAUUCAACUAU